UUUUUGUUAGCAUCUUUUGUGGUGGUAAAAAGUCCAAACCAUCGAGCCGGGCAACGGCGGUCAAAACGACCUUCCAUUCGGUACUCUUUGGAGACACCGAUUCAUUCUAGACGAAGGUGGCACUGGCAGAAUCCCUGCACUCCGACUGAACCUAAAACAAUGCUGUCGAUCGUCUUCUCUUCCGUGAUUCUUGCUCUGCUUCUUACUUUUUCCCACAAAUUUCUCACAGGCGAUGGUGAUUUCACAUUGCUGUCAAAAGGAAAAGUAAAGCGCGAAAGUUUUCAAGAUAAGGUUGUCUGGAUUACUGGAGCAAGUCGGGGAAUUGGUGAGGUUCUUGCUAAGCAACUUGCAACUCUAGGAGCUAAGUUAAUUAUUUCUGCAAGAAAUGAGCCAGAAUUGGAGAGAGUUAAAAACCAAAUCUCUGCUUUGAAUUUAGGAAAACAUGGACCUGAAGGGGUGGAGAUAUUACCUCUAGAUUUGAGUUCUGGUGAAGAUGCAAUCAGAGAGGUUGUUGAAAAAGCCAUAUCUUUAUUCGGUGGUGCAGGUGUAGAUUAUGUUAUCCAUAAUGCAGCUUUUGAGCGACCUAAAUCAACAGCACUUGAUGUACCAGAAGCAAGUCUGAACGCUACACUUGAUGUAAAUGUUGUGGGGCCGAUUUCUCUUACACGAUUACUACUCCCUCACAUGUUGAAGAAAGGAAAAGGACACUUUGUUGUGAUGAGUAGUGCUGCAGGUAAGGCUCCUGCACCAGGUCAAGCAGUAUAUUCUGCUUCAAAAUUUGCUUUAAAUGGCUACUUUCAUUCCUUGCGAUCUGAGUUUUACCAAAAGGGAAUCAUGGUAACGGUUGUUUGCCCUGGGCCAAUAGAGGCAUCAAAUGCACCUGCUACAAGCACAGCAUCCAAGGAGAAACGAGUAUCAUCAGAGAGGUGUGCAGAGCUUGUAUUAGUUGCUGUAAGCCAUGGUUUGAAAGAAGCUUGGAUUUCAUAUCAGCCUGUGCUUGCUGUUAUGUACCUAGUGCAGUACAUGCCAUCUGUUGGAUUUUGGCUAAUGGAUAAGAUUGGGGCAAAACGGGUAGAAACAGCUGCAAAAAAGGGCAAUACAUACUCAAUGAACCUACUCUUUGGUCGAAAGAAGGAAUAACUGAUAUUGGAUUAAUAGUUUGGGCCUAUGGUAUUUGUAUAUUUUCAUUUUAAAUAAAAUCUUUUGAGGCUUUGUUAAAAACGAAAUGUGUUUUGAUUAUUUUUUUAAACAAGCAUGAUGAAUAAAGCCUUAAUACAAAAAAGACAAACCAAAUCCUCUAGU